GGUUAAAAAAAUUAUAAUAAAUAAUUAAUAAUUUCAUUAUUUUCAGUCACUGACGGAAUGUGUUUGGAAGCCAAGCAGAAAAUCCCAAAAGAGUAGCUGCUGUAAGACAGAAAUAUUGAACAACAAGAGGGUAGAGUAACCCCACCAAACUUACAAACCUUCCAAACAAGUCCUUAAGAAACCUAUCUACCUAGCUAGCUAUCUCAUAUGAACCCCUCUUUGAUCUAUCUUGAUCUGCACCACUAUGUAUCCUUGUACAUACCUCUAGUUAUGUCCAUAUCCUUACAGAUCAUGUACUACUCAUAAUAUAUAGUUCUGCUGCUUCUACUACUUAUUAUUGUUGUUAUUAUCCAUCAUAAGAUAUUUUGUUGGUAUAAUCUAGUUCUAUGGAAGAAGCUCGGCACUGGGUGUGGGCAAAGAGAAAGCAUGGCCUUGUCAGUAGUAGCAGCCCUCAUCAUCUUAUGGUGCCCAAAAACCCUGCUUCUUCUUAUGAUGAUUCCUGGGAAGAGCAAGCUUUCGCAGAAGACGCUGCAGGGCCUCUCGGCGGCUGCAUAUGGCCCCCGAGAUCUUACUCUUGCAGCUUUUGUAGAAGAGAAUUUCGCUCAGCUCAAGCUCUUGGUGGCCACAUGAAUGUGCACAGGAGAGAUAGGGCUAGACUAAAGCAGUCUCCGGAGCUCCAUCACCGCGAAAUCGUCAAUCAAAAUCAACAUAUCAACAACGAUAAUAAUAAUAAUAAUAUGGCUCUUCAUCAUCUUCACCAUCAUCAUCAUCUUCAUCAAAAUCCUUUGAUCACUACCACUACCACCACAUCAUUUGGCCCUCCCAGCCAAUAUGGCCCAUCAUCUCAAGUUUGUGCCUUUGUUUAUGAUCCUAACCCUAAUAUUACUGACCCUGCUCCAGAAGUAGGUUUUAUUCCAUCAUCAUCACCUUCUUCUUAUAAUAACAAUAAAAAACAGAAUUGUGGAAAACAAGCAGAAACCUUGUUAGUCCCUCCUUUCUUUUCAUCUUCUCUUGUAGUUGAAAAUACUAAGAAGUCUUCCAAUAGUACUAAUAGUAGUGCUCUAAACCCUUCACACCAGUCCUGGUCAAACUUUGACAAAUAUUUCCAUGACUCCAAUGAUCAUAAAAAUGAUCAUAUGAGAGAUCCUAAUCAUCACAAGAAUAUUUCAUCAAUAACUGUGGAAUCUGGAUCUUGUAGAAGGAGUAGCACAACGACUAAGGUGGACUAUGUGAAGAGUACUGAUUUGUCAGUAAGUUUGAAUUUGGUGGUUUGUCAUGCAAUUCAAACUGAAUCUGGUAAUAGUAAUAAAGAUAAAGAGGGUUUACUGAUGAGUUGCAAGAGAAGAAGAAUUGAGCCAUGUUCAGAUGAGUCAAUUACAUUUGAUGAACUUAGCCCUUGUUCUAUAGAAGAAUUAGAUCUUGAGCUCAGGCUUGGUGACCGACCUAAGGUAAAGUAGAAUUUCAGAAUUAUCCGAUCGAAGUUUUUACUUUUCAUACAAAUAUUAUAGAUGUGACUUUUCUCUCUUGUACCUUCCGUUUGUUCAAUCUUUGUUUGUUUGGUUAAAAUUUCCACCUUUAGUUUUCUCUUCUUUUGGGGUUUAAUUUGAUCACAAUCUAGUGCCAUGCCAUGGCAUGUUUGCCUAAAUCUGAGUUUGAUCACUCUGCAGGGUACAACAAAUUAUACAAUAUUGAUAAUGAUAUGACAAAAAAGCGUGAAAGCUCAAUAUUAUUGCUGUUUAUAAAAGUAUAAUUACAUUCAGAUGACUGGAUAAUC